AUGAGCUCCAUUCUGGACGUCCGGAACCUCUACCAGAACCUGCUCAACCUCUCGCUGAGCGAAGAGCCAGACGCACCCGCCUCCGCCUUCUCCUGCGGCCACUCAGCCCGCUCCUCCACCUCCUCUGACCCGGCACUGCCCGGCGGCGGGGAUUCGGCGCUGUGGCCCAUGCGCGGCCCCUGGAGCCCCCAGGGCGAGCAGCUGCGGCCCCCGUUGCGCCCGGAUCGCUCGGUCAGCCUGAUCGAGGGCAGGGCACUGUCGCUGCCGCCGCUGCCACCCCCGCCAGGCUUCCCCCCGCUCAAGCAGCCCGCCGGCGCCCCGCCCACCCCGUCGUCCCGCUACAAGACGGAGCUGUGCCGCACCUUCAGCGAGAGUGGCCGCUGCAAGUACGGCGCCAAGUGCCAGUUCGCCCACGGCGCGGCCGAGCUGCGCUCCGUCAGCCGCCACCCCAAGUACAAGACAGAGCUCUGCCACAAGUUCUACCUGCACGGCGAGUGUCCCUACGGCGCCCGCUGCCACUUCAUCCACCUGCCCGAGGAGGCGCAGCUCUUCAGCAGCGGCGGGGCCGGCCCACAGCUCCUGCGCCAAAGUGUCAGCUUCUCCGGGGUGCCCAGUGCCCGCCGCGCCUCCCCGCUGCCCGGCCUGCCCGACCCGGCCUCCUUCGCCCGGGCGCCCUCGGCCUCGCCCCCGCCCGCCUGCACCGAGCUCCUGUCGCCCGCCUUCGAGCACCUGGCCGGGGACCCGCUCGGCCUGCUCUCGCCCUUCGGGGACUCGCUGGCCGGGACCCUCCUCGGGGGCGGGGGCGGCGGGGGCGGCUGCUGCUCCUGCCGCUGCGGGAAGUCGGCCGGCCUGGGCAGCUCGCUGCAGGGCACCCGGGACUACUUCUCGGCGGCCCCCGGGACACCCCCCUCGGCCCUGCCCAGGACCCCCUCCUCCAACUCGCUCUCGGACCCCGACUGCUACAGCAGCUCCAGCAGCCUCAGCGGCUCCGACUCGCCCGUCUUCGAUCAGCACCCCGUCGGCGGGCCGGCGGGGACCCCUCACCGCCUGCCCAUCUUCAACCGGCUUUCGGUCUCGGACUGA